CGUGGGCGGGGCUAGUUCGGGCCGGUGGCGGGAAGUGAGUGAGAGCGAGAGCGCGCUGGGAGCUCGGCGCGGAGCGGGAGCCGGGGUAUCCGUGUGGCAGCCAUGCCCAGCACCAGGUCGCAGACCCAGGCCGCUAUCGACUUCCCCCGGAGGAAACAGCCCAGGACGCCCGGCGCGCCCACUGCGGGUUGCAAAGAUGCCCCAUCGAACCCCACCAGGGUGACCCUCCUGACGCUCUCACCCCGGGAAAAGGUCCUGCCGCUGAGCCCCCGCAAACGCCUAGGCGAUGACAACCUGUGCAACAUCCCCCAGUCGCUGCCCUGCUCCCCGACGAAGCAGAGCAAGGGGGAGAAUGAGCUCCCGUCUGCUUCUCACAAGGGGCGACGCUUGUUCUUCAGCGAGCAGCCAACGACUGAGUCUCCUGGCAAGAGGAACAACUUGGUGCCGUCCCCGCUCCACAAGCGGCAGGAGACCCCAAGAAGCUCUGAGCGCUCUUGUCUCAACAAGCAACCUGUGUGCAUCCAGCUGUUCAGGCAGGAAGGCACUUGUUAUCAGCAGGCGAAGAGCGUUCUGCACACAGCUGUCCCUGACCGGCUUCUUGCCAGGGAGAAGGAGACUGAUGCCAUCAGGCAGUUCCUGAAAGAACAUGUCUGUGGGGAGAAACCUGGCAGUCUCUACAUCUCCGGUGCUCCUGGCACUGGAAAAACUGCCUGUCUGAGCAGAAUCCUGCAAGACUUCCAGAAUGAGCUCCCGGGCAGCAAAACCAUUGUCCUGAACUGCAUGUCCCUCAGCAGCUCCCAGGCCGUGUUCCCAGCCAUAGCUGAGCAGAUGGGCCAGCAGGGGGCGUCCAAGGUAGCUGGGAGAGACUUGGUGAGGAAGCUGGAGAAACAGCUGACAGCAGAGGGGAUGCCCAUGACCGUGCUGGUGCUGGAUGAGAUGGACCAGCUGGACAGCAAAGGACAGGACGUGCUCUACACAGUGUUCGAGUGGCCCUGGCUCAUUGGCUCCAGGCUUGUCCUCAUCGGAGUGGCCAACGCCCUGGACCUCACGGACCGGAUCCUGGCCAGGCUACAGGCCCGGCCCAAAUGCAAACCCCAGCUGCUAAACUUCCCACCUUACACAAAGGAGCAGAUUGCCUCCAUCCUGCAGGAACGGCUGAGACAGGUGUCUGGCGCUCAGGUCUUGGACAGCACUGCCAUCCAGUUCUGUGCCCGGAAAGUCUCUGCCGUUUCGGGAGAUGCUCGCAAGGCGCUGGACGUAUGCAGGCGAGCCAUUGAGAUGGUGGAGUUGGAUGUGAGAAGCCAGACUGUCUUCAAACCACUGCCUGGCUGUAAAUCGCCCGCUACCUCCCCCUCGGCCUCCCCAGUUCCUAGGAGAGUUGGGCUUCCGCACAUAUCCCGGGUGAUCUCGGAUGUGUAUGGUGACAGGAUGGCCCUGGGAAGUGAUGGAGCCAGUGACUCCUUCCCCCUGCAGCAGAAGAUUCUGGUCUGCUCCCUGCUGCUCCUAGCCAGGCAGCUGAAAGCCAAGGAGGUGACGCUGGGGAAGCUACAUGAAGCCUACAGCAGAGUCUGCCGGCGGCAGCAAAUGGCACCCGUAGCCCAGUCUGACUGCCUCUCCCUCGCCACCCUCUUGGAAUCCAGGGGCAUCCUGGCACUGAAGAAAGCCAAGGAAGCCAGGCUCACAAAGGUUUCCCUGAAGAUAGAGGAGAAGGACGUGGAACAUGCCCUCAAGGACGGCGUCUUGAUUGGAAACAUCUUGGCGGGGGGGCAGCUCUAGACUCCUCUACCUUGAUGCCUCUUUUCAAAGGGAUGUGGCUCUCUCCGGGUCCUAGACAAAUAACUGCCUGGGCUCCGUUGUCCGCGGUAACAACCUUCGCUGAAGGUCACGCUGAGCCAUGGCAGUGGAGCGUUUAAAAGGAUGAAUUUGAUCUGCCUUCAGCUCACGACAUCUCGUUAUAAAGCUGCCUCGUUUGUUUUUAACUGUAUCCUUGUUUUUAAAUAUGCCGCCGGCUGAGGUGGCUAAUGCCUGAGUCUGAGACAAAGCCAAAGUGACCCUCCUUGUGGUGGAUUUGGAACAGUUUGUGAAUGGCUGCAGGCCCUAUGCCGAGCCUCUUGCAGGGCUCCAUUUCCCUCUUGGAUCCAGGAUGUUUGCUGGCCGUCCUGACAUCCUUUCCCCACAACCUGCACGUACGCCAUCAUGUUGCCUUUUUUGAACAGCUGGAGAUCAAAGGGAUGGUGCUCAGGCAGCAAGAGUCUGUUUGGAGAAACGAAACCAUUAGCAGCGCGAGAGGCUGCAGGAGGAAAUGAGAUGGCAGGCGCUGCGCUCCCAACCCAGGCUCCUUUGAAGUCUAGUUAUUUCCGCGUAGCAGAUGUCGCUCUUAGUGAGGCUUAAUGUCUCUGGGGCUCGAUCAGGGCUUAGUCUGAAGCCCCGAGGGCUGUGUGUAUCUUACUGUUCAAGCUGUGGAUACAUUUAUUCCUACUUGUUUGUGACAUUAUGAAGAGUCACGUUAGGCCUCUUCCAAAAGACCCAGUUUCUUCUCCCCUUUCCUGUGCGCUAGAAACGAACAGAACAUCUGGCUUAUGACACCACCCAGCCUGCACCCUGCUCUGCGCAUCGGAGGUUCCUAAUCUCGGCAUUGGUUUUUAAUUUGAUUCUACUCUUCCCCCUCCCCUGCAUCCCUAAGGAGUGACCCACUUCAGACAUUGUGAUGUAUUCGCCCUUGGAGCAAGCUUUCUCCAGCAGGGGGCAUUCUUGUAGCACAAUGAACCGUGCUUCUUUCGCCUGAAAUAAGUUUGUAAAGUUUGAGGAAGCUGUAUUGCGUGUGUGAGGCCAAACAGUGUGGGGAUUCUGGGCAACCCCUUCUCCUAUCUAUUUUUAAAUUAAAAAGUAACCUCUCUGCGUUGAAAAUGAC